GUAUUUUCAACGUGAUACUGGCUGUUUACGUGGACAUCACCAUGAAGGCGGCCCGAGAGAAUGAGCUGAACGCAGAGCAGCAUGAGCGGGAGUCCAUCCGGGUGGCCAGGCUUACCAGGGAGCUGGUGAAGAAAUUCACCAAAGCUUAUCGCCACGAGAAGGUGAUGGUCCCAGCCGAGUAUAGUGAAGAUCUGUCGCCUCAUGUGAGUUCGGCCAGACUGGCCGCCAGCCCGGGAUUGGCUGAGGAGGACGAUGAUCAUAUUGAGAUCAGCAAGGAGCUCUUUCUGACAGUUGUUCAGGAUCGACAGGUGCAGCGUCUGAUGGAUGACUUGGACCUGCCACCCGAUCGCGCAAACCUCUUUGAGGCGCUGGAUGCGGAUGGCAGUGGCACAUUGCACGUGGCGGAGUUGGUGCAGGGCUUCCUCAAAGUUCGUGGAGAUCUGAGGAAGACGGACACCGUGGCGACACUCUUGGCCACAAAAGCAGUCUUCAGGCUGUUGGAGCACUUGAGUGAAGACCUCGCGGAGCUGCGGCAAGACACGGCAACCUUAGUUGGCAAAGCCGGAGAUGCCAAUGCUACCACCAGGCGUCGUCAGUCCAUUUUCGGGUUUUAA